AUGGAUGCCGAGUCAACUCAGCUUCAGCAAGCCCAACUGGCGGCGAUUCUGGGGCAGGACCCGGCGCCCUUCGAGACCCUGAUCUCCCAUUUGAUGUCCUCCGCCAACGAGCAGCGCUCCCAGGCGGAAGCGAUCUUCAAUUUGCUCAAGCAGAACGAUCCCAACUCGCUCGCGCUGAAACUCGCCCACCUACUCUCCUCUUCCGUCCACCUCGAGGCGCGCGCCAUGGCUACUAUCCUCCUGCGGAAGCAGCUGACUCGGGAUGAUUCCUUCAUCUGGCCGCAACUCACCGAGUCUACUCGAUCCGCCGUCAAAAACAUCCUACUAUCUGCUAUCCAGAACGAGGAAUCCAAAUCCAUUAUUAAGAAGCUCUGCGAUACCGUUUCGGAGCUCGCCUCCUCGCUCCUCCCCGAUAAUCAGUGGCCGGAGAUUUUGCCCUUCAUGUUCCAAUGUGUAACUUCCAGUUCCCCGAAAUUGCAGGAAUCGGCUUUCUUGAUGUUCUCUCAAUUGGCUCAAUUCAUUGGAGAGACUUUGAUUCCGUAUAUUACCGAUUUGCAUACCGUGUUCUUGAAUGUGCUGAAUAGUUCUCCCAAUCCGGAUGUGAAGAUUGCCGCUUUGAGCGCGGUUAUUAAUUUUAUCCAAUGCUUGUCGAGUUCGAAUGAUCGGGAUAGGUUCCAGGAUUUGUUGCCGGCCAUGAUGAGGACGUUGACCGAGGCGCUGAACUCGGGGCAGGAGGCGACUGCCCAGGAGGCUUUGGAGUUGUUGAUAGAGUUGGCUGGGACCGAGCCCAGGUUUUUGCGCAGGCAGAUUGUUGAUGUUGUGGGGUCCAUGUUGCAGAUAGCCGAGGCCGACAGUUUGGAGGAAGGCACACGGCAUUUGGCUAUUGAAUUUGUGAUUACUCUGGCUGAAGCACGGGAGAGAGCACCUGGGAUGAUGCGCAAGCUGCCACAAUUUAUUAGCAGGCUCUUUGCUAUUUUAAUGAAGAUGCUUUUGGAUGUUGAGGAUGAUCCAGCGUGGCACAGUGCAGAGACCAAGGAUGAAGAUGCGGGCGAGACAAGUAAUUAUAGUGUUGGCCAGGAGUGUUUGGAUAGGCUGGCAAUCUCCCUUGGUGGGAACACUAUUGUUCCCGUGGCAUCUGAGCAGUUUCAAGCUUAUCUGUCUGCUCCUGAGUGGCAGAAGCAUCAUGCGGCGCUCAUUGCCCUUGCGCAAAUUGCGGAGGGUUGUUCGAAGGUGAUGAUUAAGAAUUUAGAGCAAGUGGUGAACAUGGUCUUGAAUUCCUUUCAACAUCCUCAUCCUCGUGUAAGAUGGGCAGCUAUUAAUGCAAUUGGUCAGCUGUCAACUGAUUUGGGCCCAGAUUUGCAAGUUCAGUUCCAUCAACGUGUGCUGCCGGCACUAGCGGCAGCAAUGGAUGAUUUCCAAAAUCCUCGUGUUCAGGCCCAUGCAGCCUCAGCUGUGCUCAACUUCAGUGAAAACUGCACUCCGGAAAUUUUGACACCUUACUUAGAUGGGAUAGUGCAUAAGCUGCUUCUACUGCUGCAGAAUUCCAAACAAAUGGUGCAGGAGGGUGCCUUAACUGCUUUAGCUUCAGUUGCUGAUUCAUCUCAGGAACACUUCCAGAAAUACUAUGAUGCAGUCAUGCCUUACUUGAAAGCUAUCUUGGUGAACGCAACAGACAAGUCUAACCGCAUGCUUCGUGCUAAAGCAAUGGAGUGCAUCAGCUUGGUUGGGAUGGCAGUUGGAAAGGAUAAAUUCAAGGAAGAUGCUAAGCAGGUCAUGGAAGUACUUAUGUCGUUGCAAGGAUCACCAAUGGAGACCGAUGAUCCCACUACUAGUUACAUGUUACAAGCAUGGGCCAGACUUUGCAAGUGCUUGGGACAGGACUUCCUACCUUACAUGAGUGUAGUCAUGCCUCCUUUGCUUCAGUCUGCUCAGCUAAAGCCUGAUGUGACCAUCACAUCUGCUGAUUCGGAUAAUGAAAUUGAUGACUCGGACGAUGAAAGCAUGGAGACCAUCACCCUUGGUGAUAAAAGGAUAGGGAUUAAGACUAGCGUCCUUGAAGAAAAGGCCACUGCCUGCAAUAUGCUGUGCUGCUAUGCUGAUGAGUUGAAGGAAGGUUUCUACCCAUGGAUCGAUCAGGUUGCCCCCACAUUGGUUCCUCUCUUGAAAUUUUAUUUCCAUGAAGAAGUCAGGAAAGCUGCUGUUUCAGCAAUGCCGGAGCUACUGCGGUCUGCAAAAUUGGCUGUUGAGAAAGGGCUUGCUCAGGGCCGUAAUGAGACAUAUGUCAAGCAGUUGUCGGACUACAUUAUUCCUGCUUUAGUGGAAGCUUUACAUAAGGAGCCCGAUACAGAGAUAUGUGCAAAUAUGUUGGAUGCACUGAAUGAAUGUCUGCAGAUUUCUGGACCACUUCUAGAUGAGAAUCAGGUUAGAAGCAUAGUGGAGGAGAUAAAACAGGUCAUUACGGCCAGCUCAAGUAGAAAAAGAGAGAGAGCUGAGAGGGCCAAGGCUGAAGAUUUUGAUGCUGAGGAGGGAGAAUUGCUUAAAGAGGAGAACGAGCAAGAGGAAGAAGUGUUUGACCAAGUUGGUGAAAUCUUGGGAACCUUGAUCAAAACAUUUAAGGCCUCUUUCUUGCCUUUCUUUGAUGAACUGUCAUCAUACCUGAUGCCAAUGUGGGGAAAAGACAAGACAGCUGAGGAGAGAAGGAUCGCUAUUUGCAUCUUUGAUGAUGUGGCUGAGCAAUGCCGUGAAGCUGCUUUGAAGUAUUAUGAUACGCACCUUCCUUUCCUCUUGGAAGCAUGCAACGACGAAAAUCCAGAUGUCCGCCAGGCGGCAGUGUAUGGGCUUGGUGUAUGUGCAGAAUUUGGUGGUGCUGUAUUUAAACCACUUGUUGGAGAGGCUCUCUCAAGGCUCAAUGUUGUUAUAAGACAUCCAAAUGCGUUGCAGCCAGAUAAUGUGAUGGCAUAUGAUAAUGCUGUUUCUGCUCUGGGAAAGAUAUGCCAAUUUCAUCGCGACAGCAUUGAUUCAGCUCAGGUUGUUCCUGCCUGGUUGAGUUACUUGCCAAUAAAGAGUGAUCUUAUUGAAGCAAAAGUUGUUCAUGACCAGCUCUGCUCAAUGGUUGAAAGGUCUGAUAGGGAUCUUUUGGGGCCCAACAAUCAGUAUCUUCCUAAAGUUGUCUCUGUAUUUGCUGAGGUUCUGUGUGCAGGCAAGGAUCUGGCAACAGAGCAAACUGCCAGUCGAAUGAUUAAUUUGUUGAGGCAACUUCAACAGACGCUGCCUCCAGCGACUCUUGCGUCCACAUGGUCAUCCUUGCAGCCUCAGCAGCAGCUAGCACUGCAAUCAAUUUUGUCAUCAUAGUGCUCGUGGCUGAUAAAGGACAACUUGUUCAUCUCAAGUCACUGCUUGUGUGCGCUCGCGUUGUGCCUCAUGUCAUCAUAUAUUUGUUCCUCAAUUCUUUCAGAUGAGAGAUGUCACAGCAUUCAUUUUGCACAUGGUUUAUGCAUCAUCAACAUGUUGGAUGGUCGUUUGGUGUCUGAGUGUGAAUGCAUUUUGAGAGUAAAUGUAGACUGUGCUGUAUAAUGUGUAUAAAUCAGUUGUUAAUUGCUUCUUGGAACCAAAAGGAAAAUUCGGUCUACCACCCGGCGGAAGGGGCUCGUCGUGAUUUGUGAGGUUUUUUUCUUGGUGAAUUGUGAUAUUUGGGGGUUUGUCAGAGAGGCAAUACCUGUCGCAGUUUUGUUUCCAUCAUGCUGUUCUUUACAACAAUACAGAUUGUUAAAGAACAUGGUUUUGGCUAUAAAUCGUUAUUUAUUUUGUUAGAUUUGAGCAUCUGUGCAGUAUUGAUGGAAGUCUGAAUUCUGGUUCUCAACAAAUAGUUGUGUAUUUCAUUUGCUGUUA